AUGAAACCUACUACAAGGUCGAGAGGAAGUAGUGUUACUCCUAAUGUCCAAGUUGCUUCGGACAAUCCUGACACAACGAUUUACAAACCUCAGUUUGUUUCUUCUACAGCUCAAGGAAAAUGGUGUACGAUGGUUCGACGGGAGCUUAUAGUUCAGCCAUCGGUUGAUGAGAAUCAGUUGAAUUCUGUCUAUGGCAUUUUGCCCUUGCUCAGUGAAGUUGGCCUCAUGAAGACUGUCACCUCCAUUUGCCCUUACUCAAAGCUGCUGACCUACGAGUUCUACUGCAAUCUGAAUGAAGAAAUUGGCAAUCUUACGGGGACCCGUCCGGAUGUGAUUAAUGAGUACUAUGGUUUGAAGGCUGUUGAUGAGGAAGAGAUUACGGAUUGGGAUUUAGUUGCAAGGACCCUCACCGGUGGUCAGACUCCUGUAUGGCCUACAGGUGAUGUUGAUACUCUAUUUAGCUCGAAGCUCACCUCCAAAUAUGUUAUUCUGCACCGUAUUGCCUUACACAAUUGGCUACCUUCUGCUCAUUUUCAUACGGUUGGCAAGCAACUGGCUGCUCUACUGUUUCGAAUUGGCACCAAAAUGACCAUUGAUCUGGGGAAGUGGAUCUUCUAUCAUUUUCUCACUUUGAUUCAUCCGAGGGAACAGAAGGUAAGAUUGUCAUAUCCUAAUCUCAUUUUUGGAGUUCUGACGACGCAGGGCCUAGUCCCAAUGCCAAGCGAGAUUAUCUGUCCAACUCUGCUCUAUACUGUUGAUCCACGCCUCUUGACUGGCAAGCACAUCCGAGAUGUUACACCUGUAGCUGCGCCUCCAUCGUCUGAUGCUGACACUCCUGUUGAUGAUUCGCCGCAUGCGAAGGAUAUCCAACUAUCCCUUCGUCUGAAGGCUCGGGUGUCUGAGCUUGAAACUGUUAAUGGCAUCAUUGCGAAGCAACUCACUGCAGCCCGUACCGAACUUGCGACUAUUCUGCUUCGUCUGAGCUUGACUGAGUCUGCUGCUGCUGAGAACGUGAAGUCCGACAGUGAUGAGCCCUCUAAUGCCUGA